GGGGAGCUCCGUCUGCCUGUAUCGGUCCCGCGGGGGGAGGAGCUCGGCCCCGGACACUCUGACGCACAGCGGCUUCCGGACCCGGAUUGCCCCCAGGAAUCUGAUCAGAAAUGUUCGCCAGCGGCCAACAGUCGACAGACCCCAACCGGAACCGGAGUCGACAAGGGACUCCGGGGUUCCGACACCCGAGGCGAUGCCGCGGAUGCUCGAGCCCACCGGGGGUUGAAGGGCCCAUCGGGUUCAUCCGAUGGCACCCUUAACCGCGCAUGGAAGGCUCUAUCCGACAUGGAAACGAGGGCAAGCGUGGGCUUCUACACCGCCGCUGGGGAGUUUCGCGAGGUUCACGGCCGGGGCCGACCGAGCAACCAGUUCACGAACCAAACCCGUCUGCGGGGUUGA